AUGUCCAACUGCUCCGAUUUUCUGAUGCUUAAGGAAGACCACACCCUCGGCAAUCUGCUCAGCGUCUACCUUAAGAUGGCACCUCACGUCAUGAUGGCAGCCUACAAGAUCGGCCACCCUAACGUCCCUGAGGUUCAGUUGCGCGUCCAGACCGACGGCACGAUUACCCCGCGCGAGGCUCUCAUGACCGUCUGCAAGCAGCUGGUCGCCAUGUACGGUCAGCUCGGCCGCGAGUUCCAGAAGGAGCUUGCUCUGCGCCAGUAUGCCGACCAGGGCGAGAACGCUGGCGGCAACUGCCCGGUGGCGCUCCUGGUGGUGCCGGUGUCGGCUCUCGGCUGCUGGCUCGUCGGGGAUGCUGCUCACCAUGCAGAUGUUGUUCCCGUUCAGCAGGAUCUUGUUGAGUUUGGUGUGGUUGCCCGAGUAGUCGCUACAAAACAGAUCAGUUCAUGGAUCUCAGAAGCCGUGUUGGAGGUGCCCAGCUUACAACUCGGUGACGUUUUCGAGAACCAUGUCUACGGAGAGGAGAGGGUGGGGUUAGCUGCUCCACAUACCGAGGGGAAGGAGUUGAGAAGCCAUGAUGUCUUGUCUGGGUAUCUGGUGUUGGCGGCUGUUUUAGUGGCUUCUGAUGUAUUUCAAGGGCCUGCAGGUCGCGGCCGUCGACUGAGCAGCGAGCUGCAGUGGGGAUGCGAUGGGUAUUGUGUAUUUACCCCAUGGCGCCGUCCGUCCGUCGUCUUACGCAAGGCCAAUGAGAUUCUCACGUUUUCGAGGAGCGAGUCGUGCUGGCGUCGUCGUGGAGCGUUUCCAAUGUCGUUCACACCGUCGCUUUCUAUCCUCUUCAUCGCCGUCACAAUACCGGCUGCGUCGGAUUCAUGUGAAAAUGAGUUCCCGAAAAACUGCACACCACGUUUGGCAUCGGCUGCAGCUGCUUCCGAGGGAAGUUCGGUUGCUUUGCCAGCUAUCCUGGCCGACACCAAUGUGUUGGGAGAGUUCUCUGCUAGCCAGAGGCCCGAAGCCGUAUUGGAUAGUGGCUUUACAGCUAUUCCGCCGGCUACUCGCAUCACUACUACCACCACCAUUUCGAGCACCGCCGCUACGGAGGGGGUUGCUACGGAGGGACAAAAGGGUGCUGCGACUGAUAUUGCGGCGAAGCCCAAACAGGAGGACAUACCCGAUGUCGCUGUCCCUUUUACCCCUCUGGAUUACAAGAUCCCCCACCAAGUCUUCCAAGCGGCGAGAAGGGCACCCGAGGGAUCCCCUGAAUCGUUUUGGACCUACAGAUUGUACCAAGGCCCGGGGGAAAACGGCGCACUCGGUUCCAAGGUCAAAGUUCAUUACUGCACCACCGCGCGGACUACGGAGGAAGUUGUCACAAAAUACUUCCUGAACGAGAAGGUCGUUGGCUUCGACUUGGAGUGGAUGGCCUAUGCAAAUAAGUACGCGAGUGCCAGGCAGAACGUCUCUCUCAUCCAACUCGCCUCUCCGACUCGAAUUGGACUUUUCCAUGUCGCCAUCUUUCCCAAGGACGACGAGUUCGCCACACCGACCCUGAAAGAAUUCAUGCAGAAUCCUGCCAUCACCAAGGUUGGUGUCUCGAUCAAGGGGGACUGCACACGCUUGUCAAAUUACCUACAGAUCGAGACCCGUGGCCAGUUCGAACUCAGCCACCUCUACAGGCUUGUCAAGUACUCUGAGAGCGGGGAGCAUAAAUCAAUCAAUAAGAAGCUGGUGUCCCUGAGCACCCAGGUCAAUGAAUACCUUGGCCUUCCCAUGUACAAAGGCGACGUCCGUACAGGCGACUGGACCAAGCGCUUAGACAUGCCUCAGAUUAUUUACUCCUCGUCCGACGUCUACGCGGGGGUCCACCUCUACGCCAUCCUCAACCAUCGCCGGCAAAAGCUUGAUCCAGUUCCUGACCUCCCUCACCAUGCCGAACUCAACCGCCCCAUCCCAUUCAUCACCCGGGCCGUCGCAAAAAAACAGGAGGCCGUUACUGAGGCCAUCGUUGUUGAAGACGACCCCGUCCUCGAUGUCCAAUCAGUAGCGGAGGCUCAAGUAGCCCUCGACAGCGCCCCGGUCGCCGACCAAACGAGCGUGGUCAGCAAACACCCGCCAAAACCGAAAGUCACCAGGCGAAAAACGCCUGUUGCGAAAGCGGCCCUCGACGUUGAAUCGUCGGUCCAGCUAGACGCCACGCCGUCACCAAGUGUUUAG